AAAGCACCAAAACAUGCCAGAUGAUAUUCCAAAAUUGCCACGACACAGAGGAAAGAAAAAUCAGCCGAAAGACACACCUUGGAAACAACAAAAACUGCCUGCUUUACGGCCUCAUUAUAACAUAACUUCAGCAAUUCCAGUUACUCUGAUAACAGGAGUAGCCACGUUGGCAAUGGGAAUUGCUCUUUAUUUCGGACAUAAUGGAUCAUUAGAACAAGAGAUUGUGUACACGGAUUGUGCUCUUUCAAAUGGAACACAAGCUUCACGAAUUAUGAGAACUGAAAUGGGAAAUCAAACAUUUAAAUGUGCAUAUACAAUUACUUUGAAUGACGAUUAUACUGGCGAAGUGAAGUUUUAUUACGGUCUUUCCAAGUUCUAUCAAAACAAUCGAUUAUACUUCAACUCACGAAACGAUCAACAGCUACGUGGAAAAGUUACUGAAACUGACGGAUGUGAUCCAUUAGAAUAUGUGGAUGUUAAUGGAACUAAAGUUCCCAUUGCGCCGUGUGGGAAAGUGGCUGAUUCAAUGUUUAACGAUACCUUCGAAUUAUUUUAUAUCAAUGAUAAAGCCUCAAACGCGGUAACACGGGUUCCAUGGACAACUCGUGGAGUACUCGGUGCAACUGAAAUGAAAAGAAAAUUCAGAAAUCCGAUUCGAGCGGAAAACCAGACAUUAUGUGAUGUGUUUGCGGGAACAAUGCCUCCGCCAUCAUGGAGAUAUCCGAUCUGUCAAUUGGGACUAAACAGUAUUGAUCCAGAUGUUGGCAUUGGUUUCGAGAACAUUGAUUUUAUGGUUUGGAUGAAGGUUGCAGCUCUUCCAAAAUUCAGAAAACUGUAUAGAAUACUGAAUCGACAAGUUGAUAUGUUCAGUAAUGGAUUACCUAAAGGACAAUAUCAGUUGACCAUUAAUUACAACUAUCCAGUGGAUAUGUAUUCGGGCGACAAGUACUUCGUUAUAGCCAAUGAAAACUGGGUUGGACCCAGGAAUCUGUUUCUACCAGUAAUCUAUUUGGUUGUUGGAACAUUCUUACUUCUCGUUACUAUUCUCUUCAUAUUGAUUUGGUUAAAACAGAGACUGUCGAGGGUUCAUCCAACAUGAAUUGGAAAAACUAAUUGAAAAUAGACGGAUGAACUUCAAAUUUGUUUACAAGAGUUGAAGUCUCAAAAUAAGCUGGUAGCAUGUAUUGUACGGGAACAGAUUUGUAUACUUUGCUUUGUAAAUAAAAUAAAAUGUUAUUAU